UCCCUGACUCAUUCCCCCACCUCCUUUUUCAGGCAGCAGAGCAGAGAUUCCAGGAGCUCAGAGCCCAGCUUGCCAGGCCUCUCAGCUAGGGGCCUCUCAUGGCACCUCCAAGGCCCCUUCUCAUCCUGGCUCUGCUGGCAUGGGUUGCUCUGGCUGAUCAAGAGUCAUGCAAGGGCCGCUGCACUGAAGGUUUCAAUGCUGACAAGAAGUGUCAGUGCGAUGAGCUCUGCUCUUACUACCAGAGCUGCUGUGUUGACUACAUGACUGAGUGCAAGCGCCAAGUGACUCGCGGGGAUGUGUUUACUCUACCGGAAGAUGAAUAUGGGACCUAUGAUUUCUAUGAGAGCUCCUCCCUAAGCCCUGACCUGCAGCCCAAGCCUGAAGGGACACUUGAGUCGACAACUGUCCUGAACCCUGAGGAAGAGACUCCUACAUCUAAUCCCAGUACCCUGGGGCCUGAGGUGGAGACCUCAGAACCUGAGGGGGUGAACCCAAUACCUGAGACCCCUGAUCAAGGGCUCUCUGAUUUCUCCACAGAGGAAGAGCUGUGCAGCGGGAAGCCCUUUGAUGCCUUCACUGACCUCAAGAAUGGUUCUCUCUUUGCCUUCCGAGGACAGUACUGCUAUGAGCUAGAUGAAACAGCAGUGAGGCCUGGGUACCCCAAGCUCAUCCGAGAUGUCUGGGGCAUUGAGGGACCCAUCGAUGCUGCCUUCACCCGUAUCAACUGUCAGGGGAAGACCUACCUCUUCAAGGGUCACCAGUACUGGCGCUUUGAGGAUGGUGUUCUGGAUCCUGAUUACCCCCGAAACAUCUCUGAGGGCUUCAGUAGCAUCCCAGACAACGUAGAUGCAGCCUUCGCUCUUCCUGCCCACAGCUACAGUGGGCGGGAAAGGGUCUACUUCUUCAAGGGGAAGCAGUACUGGGAGUAUGAGUUCCAGCACCAGCCCAGCCAGGAGGAGUGUGAAGGCAGCUCCAUGUCGGCUGUGUUUGAGCACUUUGCCCUGCUGCAGCGGGACAGCUGGGAGGACAUCUUUGAGCUGCUCUUCUGGGGCAGAUCCUCUGGUGGCGUCAGAGAGCCCAGGUUCAUCAGCCGAGACUGGCAUGGUGUGCCUGGGAAGGUGGAUGCAGCCAUGGCGGGCCGGAUCUACAUCUCAGGCUCAGCGCCCCGCUCCUCUGUGGCCAAGAAGCAAAAAUCCAGACGUCGAAAUCGCAAGCGCUACCGCUCCCGUGGCGGUCGUGGCCGUAGUCGCAGCCAGAACUCCCACCGACCAUCCCGUUCCGCCUGGCUGCCCUUUUUCUCCAGUGAGGAGAGUGGGCCGGAGGCCUACAACUAUGACUAUGAGAUGAACUGGCUUGUGCCUGCCACCUGCGAGCCCAUCCAGAGUGUUUACUUCUUCUCAGGAGACAAGUACUACCGAGUCAACCUUCGCACCCGGCGAGUGGACACAGUCAACCCUCCUUACCCACGUCCUAUUGCCCAGUACUGGCUGGGCUGCCCAGCCCCUAAUCUCCAGUAGAAGUCCGAGUCCACACAGCUGGGUUUCUGCAGCUUCCUCUUCCAGCUUUUCUUCCCAGCCCAAUAAAGCUCACUUGGCCCUAA